AUGGGUACGCAGUCCGGGCCUGCUCGCAAAAAGGUCACCAUGAGCACCAUCAAGUCGCUGUACCAAAAGGGAGAGCCCAUUGCCAUGAUUACCGCGCAUGACUUCCCCAGCGCCUAUGUUGCCGACCAGAACGGCAUGGACAUUGUCCUGGUGGGCGACAGCCUGGCCAUGGUUGCACUGGGCAUGGAAGACACAAACGAGGUAGAGGUGGAAGACAUGCUGCUGCAUUGUCGAUCGGUAGCACGAGCUGCUAAGAGUUCCUUCACUGUCGGAGACCUUCCUAUGGGGUCCUAUGAAAUCUCCCCUGAACAAGCCCUAGCCACUGCCAUCCGUUUCGUCAAGGAGGGCAAGGCACAGAGCGUCAAGCUCGAGGGCGGCAAGGAGUUUGCUCCCACCAUUCGCAAGAUCACUACCGCUGGCAUCCCGGUUCUUGCUCACAUUGGUCUCACACCCCAACGCCAAAAUGCUCUCGGAGGAUUCCGUGUUCAAGGCAAGACCUCUGCAGGAGCCAUGAGCAUUUUGGAAGAUGCCCUCGCUGUUCAGGCAGCCGGAGCCUUUGCUGUUGUUCUAGAGGCUGUGCCCGCUGAAGUUGCCACCCUGAUUACCCAAAAACUAUCCAUCCCCACCAUCGGUAUUGGCGCUGGCAAUGGCUGUUCCGGUCAGGUGCUUGUUCAGAUCGACCUGACUGGCAACUUUCCUCCGGGUAGAUUCAUGCCCAAGUUUGUCAAGAAAUACGGCGACAUCUGGAGCGAAUCUGCCAGAGCCGUCGUGGCUUACCGGGACGAGGUCAAGAGCAAGCAGUUCCCAGCUCCAGAGCACACUUACCCAAUGCCUGCCGAAGAAUUCGAGUCAUUUGCCAAAGCCGCAAAGGACUUGUAA